AUGAUUUAUUUGAGAAAAGAAUUGAAUUUGAUUAAAAUUAAAAAUAAAUGGAAAGAAAUUGAUAGUGAAUACGAAUGUUGUAAAAAUAAUUGUAUAAAUACAAACAAUCCUAUUGGUAAUUGUAUUGAAGGAAAUGGAUUUGUGAAUUUAGUUAAUGAUGAAAUUAUUAAAUAUAUUAAUUGUUUGGGAUGGAUAGGUUAUGAUAAAUGUCCUUAUAUUUAUGCAGAAAAUUCAUUUGAAAAUCCAGAAAAUUCUCUCAAUUAUUCUUUAUAUUAUUUUGAAGUUAAAUGUAAACUUGAAAGGGAAUUAAAUAGUUGCUGGACAUAUAUGAAUAUUGGGUUUAAAAAUUGUAGUACAAAUAAACAUAUUGGGUAUACUUUUAACAAUAAGUUUGCUACAAUUUGUAACGAGAAUUGUGAAUCAUUUCAAUCAUUCGAGCUUGAAAAUAUUUCAUGGAAUAAUGAUGAUAUUUUCGGUUGUGGAUUAAUUUAUCCGCCAACUAAUAAAAUGACUUAUAAAUUUCCUUAUGUUUUCUUUACACAAAAUGGAAUACAAAUUGGACAUUUCUGA